AUGGAUCAGAAACUUCUUGUGGAUGCCAUCACAACUGAAAUUGCAGAUUGGACCUGUAAGGUACAGGUAGUAGAGAAGUUCCGACCUCGCGAAAGUAGCGACUCAUCUGUACAUUUUCAGACAAUAAUUGUGCAGGACGAAAAGGAACAACAGGUUUCUAUAGUACUCUACGGCGAUGACUUUCCUAAAUACGAGAAGUUGUUUGCCCUUUUUGAGACAUAUUUGGUUUUCUGUGCAAAAGUUAGGGACGCCCGAGGAUACUCAAUACAAGCCGAUACGUAUGAGUGGGUGGUUGACAGAUGUACAAUCGUUGAGGCUAUUAACACUAACGACGGAUUGGAAGCACCACUGUCUUUCUUAACUAUUGAAUACCAACGUCCGGGUGUUGAAUUUCACUUAUUAGUUGUAGUUGCUAAUUGCAGCGCUAUUCAAUAUACAGCUAAUCAAAGUAAGCAUUUCCGGGAAGCGAUCGUCAUGGAUCAGAGCAAGAAACCUUUUCUGUGCACUCUAUGGGGCGAUCUGGCUGACAACAAAGGGGCCACACUAUUACAUCACUUGCAUGAGCAUCCCAUCAUUCUAGCGAAGCGUAUAGGUGUUACUGAGUUCCACGGUGGUAUGUUCAUUACUUCAUCCUCUGCAGCUCUUUCUUUUGCUUCGGUGAAGCACAACGAACAAAUGUUGCAAUCUUACACUUUGAGAAGCUCAUCGUCAUCCUCCUCCUCGCUGAAUCUUGCACCCAUUGAAGAUCAAAUACUGUCUAUAUCCACCAUUCCUGAGUUACUAUCUACGCUACAAACUUUCCCCGUGGAAGCUAGAUUAUCACUUCCCGACCAUCCCCAAUCAUUUUACUUACUUGCCUGUUCACACUGCAAUCACUUUGUCCGCCCUAAAACAAUAAAAGUGGUUCACUGCUUUAACU